GAGACGGUCUUCAACGUCGAGAACGUCGCCAUCUUCCCGCUGUGGCUCGGCAUGAUCUUCGCGCCGAAGAGCGGCGUCACGAGAGCCGUCAUGGACUCCGCCCUCGUCCCGUGCGUCUGCGGUUUCGUUUACGUGUACCUCACGUGGUACAGCUUCCACGACCCUCGAAUCCUCGACGCGUUCAGCACGGGCAAGCCCGACCUCGCGGCGCUCGCGAAGGGGUUCUCGUACGAGUGGUGCGUCGCCGUGGGGUGGGCGCACUUCAUCGCCAUGGAUCUCUUCGCGGGGCGGUGGAUAUAUCUCGACGCGAGAAAAAACGACGUCUUCGCCGCGCACUCGCUCCUGUUGUGUCUGUUCUUCGGGCCCACGGGCGCGAUCUCGCACGUGACGACGAGGGCGAUCACG